AUGCCUACUGAGCCGCUGAGUCCGCCCACAGUGCUAGACAUUCUCGCAAAUCGCGAUGUGUUCAAGGCAUUGUACCCCUUCCAUCGCCCUAACACAUGGCGUCAUUCUCGCACCCGACCUCCAUCAUCCUCUUUCCUCUCGCGCCUCAUCACAUCGCGCACACCAGCGAAGGACACACCUGCGGCAUGCUUCUACCGAAUAUGCACCUUCUUUGUGCUCCAAUGGACGACCGCAUUCCGUCGCGAACUCGAGUACUUCUGCUGCACUCACCCCGACUGGUCCAUUGCUGUCUUGCCCGACCCCUUUGACUCUGACUCGUUACGGGCGGCCGUCCUCGCUGUGCUCACGAAGCUGAUGUGCGAGUCUUUCAACCGUCGUAUCGAUCUUGGUCUUCCACGCGAUGCUCCAGCUAUCAUCAUAGACUGGGACGAGAUCCAAUCUCGCCCGAAGAAGUUCGAGCAUCCGCCGGAAUGGGCGACGAGCACGCCGCCGUUGUCGACCAGGGCAGUCAUCCCCGACGAUCAAGGGGUAUCGCCCAACGAAGCGGACACUAACGCGAGCUCGCACUUCAUGGAGAUGAACAUCCUUGCCUGGACUCCGCACAUACAUUUCACUUGAUACUUGAGGGGAUCUGUCCAGGAAAUCCGCAUAUUCAGUCCAUUUCUGAAGAUUGCUGUGAAUGCUCGUAGCAC